AUGCUGUUCUCUGGCUCUAUCUUUUUCUUUAGCUUGCUGAUGCUGGCAUCAGCUGUACCUUUCAAGCACAAUGUUAUCAACCGCCAGGCCGGCGCCGACUGCAAGCAGAUGAUGGUCGUCUUCGCCCGCGGAACUACCGAGCCAGCUCCUAUUGGUUUAAUUGUAGGACCACCGCUGAAGUCUGCCUUGCAGAGCAAACUCGGUGCCGGCAACGUCGACUUCCAGGGCGUCGACUACCCGGCCGAUGUUGCAGGAUUCCUGGCCGGCGGAGAUGCCGGCGGAAGCAAGGCGAUGGCGCAGUUGGUCACCCAAGCGGUUGCUGAUUGCCCAGACUCCGACGUUGUCAUGGCCGGCUACAGCCAAGGAGGUCAGCUCGUGCACAACGCCGCUCAACAGCUGGAUGCCGAUACCGCUGCAAAGGUCUCCUCCGCUGUCAUCUUCGGUGAUCCCGAUAACCCGAAGCCCGUUGCUCAGAUUGGAAAUCAGAAGGUCAUUUGUGCGAAUGGGGACUUGAUUUGUGCUGGCCAAGCUAUUGUCCUGGCCCCACACUUGAGCUAUGGUGGCGAUGCAGGAGAGGCAGCUGACUUCAUUGCGUCAAAUGUCAAGGCUGCGGCCGCUGCAAAGCCUUGA